GCUGCAUUUACGAAUCGCAAAUAUGUAUUCGUCCAAUUUUGUCGACGUCUGUCGCUGGGGUCGGAACAUUAUAGCGAAGAUCUGGUGGGCGACGGGGUCAAAAAACCAUUAAGCGCGGGGAUCUCUACCUCAAACGAAAUACACACCAGUCUCAGGACAAAUCCGCAUGACAUGCUGUAUGAUGCAAGUCUUAGUAUGACGGACCAAGUCAAGACUUCAAUUCUCCUGUCUCUCCAGAAUUUUCGAAUUUCCAAAGAUCGUUCAAAUGCUGUCAAUGGCACGUAUAUUGACAUUCUAGCGCUCUACAUACCACUAUCUACCAUUCAACAGACUAUAGGGCCUGGGUCACCGCUGAAGCUUUGUGCCCGACGUUCUUCGCCUGAAAUCAAGAUCAAGCCGGCUGUAGUCCAAAACCGCUUCUAUCCGAAUGAAGACUACGACGUGGAAUUUGUUCGGGAAAAUGAUAUCAUAUGCCAGUCUUUCUGGAACGCUGACGGCAAAUCCAGAGCUUGUCAAAAGUGAACCUGUACAGCGGCUUUCUGAGAUGGCUGAAAUUAGUUUCGUGGCCGCUUUGUACGCUCUUAUGGCUAGUUUAGGAAGAUCUCGGUGGUUGAUGGGACCAAGAGUGAAGUUCACAUGAAAGAAAAUUUGGAAUUGAUUUCGAAAAUUGAGCAAUUUAGUGGGGAGCAUCAGCAAGAAUGGCAG